AUGAAAACUGAAGUGUCUACAGCUGUAAACUUUAUUACCAAAUUAAUGAAAGGAACUGGGCAACUUUCUGAAGACCAGCUUUAACAUUUUAGCCAUUCUGUCAAAAAAGAAUUGAGAGACUAUAAACACUUCUAGUUCCCACAUGGUCCAUGUAGAGGUUCAGGUUACAUGUGUAUUAGGAUCAAUCACAAGUGGAUGGAUACCUUGAUAGGUAAAUCUGCCUGCAAUGUUGGACUUACCAGGGAACAACUUUUCUUGUUACCAAGUGAGCUUACCCUGUGGGCUGACCCAUAUGAAGUGUCAUACCGUAUAGGAGAAGAUGGUUCCACUUGUGUGCUCUAUGAAUCCACUCCUCCUUCAUUCAAAAAUCUGAGCUCUGUUGACAGCUGUAAAGAUAAGAUGACAAGCCUGACCAAGUCAUUUAACAUGAUGACUGUGUCUAGCUAA